UGCAACACUGAAGUUGAUGGAGACGCACAAACACAGUUAUUUUAUCCGAUCAGAAUGUUUCUUUGAGCUUUUGUUCCCUUGCCAAAUAUUUCAUUGCUCCACCCAGAAUAUACCUGUUUUACCUUUGAGGUUUGGUCCUCAUUUUUCCGCGAGAAAGCAAAGCAGAUGGGAGCUGAAACGAUCUCGGUGUAAAAUGCUAAUAAAAUAAAUAGAAGAUCAGUAAAGUGAAGACGGUAACCUGCAGACAAUGGCGGUCUCCCUAACCUCAGGGCAUCUUCUGCCACUCUUGGUGGUUGGGAUCGCAUGCAUUUCCACAUUGGCCUCACCUUCCAACACAACACAAGUUCAACAUCUACCAACGCCUCCGAACAGCACUGCUUCAACUCCAACCAAUGGUAUUCCUGGAUCUUGCCAAGGCAUAAAUCUACAAGAUGCCAGUCGCAGCAUAUCAAUGGCAGCAGAUGCAUUUGUAAGAGAUCUUACUUGUAAAAGAUCUGAUCCAAAUGCAAGCCUGUCAGAGGAACUGUUUCUGGAGAUGGAACAAAACAUCCGGCACUUAGUGGACUCGUCUUUAAAAGCUUACUUGAUCCAGGGUGCCAACCAAUCCACAGCUGAUCUUCUGGAAAUAUUUGGAGUCCUGGACAGUUUGAAUCUGGGUGACUACCGUGACCCAACAUUCGUCAGACUGUGGUUCUCUCUGAAGAUGGCUCCACUUUUGCCUUAUGUGGCUCAAAGCUUCUUAGUCCAACUGGGCAACCAGAACUUCAGCUGCAGUUCUUACCAACAAAUGAUGGAAUCUAUGUCCACUGAACUUCAGAAAACUCAAGGUGUUGACAGAGAACUAAUCUACAGUAAUUUCAUCAAAGUGUUCCUGUCAAGAAAAAACUCAGCAGAGCCUGGAUGCAAAGACAAAAAUACAGGAAGUAAAGAAUGGCUGCAAAGAAACAUUGGGAUUUUUAUUAAAUUUGCAACUAUUAAAGAACUUAAAGAAAUGACCAACAACUUCUCUGCUAUUGAAGUCCUGCAAAAACUUUCACUGCAACAAAAGGCUGAGCUAAUGCUGGAUCCAGACAGCGGCGCUUUGGAGGAUGUCAACUUCGUGAGGGAGRUGCUCACCAGCUUGAAACUGUCCGGCGAGGACGAACAGCUCAGUCAGUUUUUCCAGACGUUUGCACAAAUCAGCGAGAAGGUGAAUGCUUCACACUGACUUGGUCACAUUUCCCCCAGAGAGUUCUUUGUCAAACCACACACAAACAACCCCUUCUGGGGCGUAGAAGGGAUUGUGGAUCCAUGUAAAGCCAACGAUUAGGUCAACUGUUGGACUUCUACCGAUU